AUGGCUUCCCUCGCACGAACUCUUCGACCCCUGGCACGCGCCGCCGCCACUUCUACGACCCGCACCCGAACACCGCUAAGCCGAGCAGCAUUCGCCCGAUCAACACCUUCAGCCACACGAUGCCUCUCUUCCACACCACAACGGCGGGAUGAGCGAGACGAGGUCGCCGCGAUCGAUUUCGACUCCCUUCACCCUACGCCCAUCUUCCACCUGUCCGAAGUCGAGGCUGCCAUGGCCGAGUCCGUCUCCAAAUUUGCCAACGAUGUCAUUCUACCAAAAGUACGAGACAUGGAUGAAGCCGAGAAGAUGGAUCCCGCGGUGGUGGAGCAGCUGUUUGAGCAGGGACUGAUGGGAGUGGAAAUUCCUGAAAAGUACGGUGGCGCUGGUAUGAACUUCACCAGUGCCAUUGUCGGGAUCGAGGAGCUUGCACGAGUUGAUCCCAGUGUCAGCGUCCUGUGCGAUGUACACAACACGCUUGUCAACACCGCAAUCAUCAAGUGGGGCAGCGAGGAGUUGAAGAAAAAGUGGCUGCCACAGCUUUCCACCAACAUUGUUGGCUCCUUUUGUCUCUCCGAACCUGCGUCGGGAUCUGAUGCAUUCGCACUCAAGACCAAGGCCGAGAAGACGGAUGACGGCUAUGUGAUCAAUGGAAACAAGAUGUGGAUCACCAACUCCAUGGAGGCUGGUUUCUUCAUCGUCUUCGCAAACCUUAACCCCGACAAGGGCUACAAGGGCAUAACCGCCUUCAUCGUAGACAAAGAGAACCCUGGUCUUCAAAUCGCCAAGAAGGAGAAGAAGCUCGGAAUCAAGGCCUCUUCCACCUGCGUGCUCAACUUCGAUGAUUGCAAGGUCUCCAAGUCUGACCUGCUCGGAAAGGAGGGCGAGGGCUACAAGUACGCCAUCGGUCUUCUCRACGAGGGACGUAUCGGAAUUGCAGCACAGAUGACUGGACUUGCAAUUGGUGCGUGGGAGAACGCUGCGAAAUAUGUGUGGAACGACCGAAAGCAGUUUGGCAAGCUCGUGGGUGAAUUCCAGGGCAUGCAGCACCAAAUGGCGCAGGCCUGGACUGAGAUCACUGCUGCACGCGCAUUAGUCUACAAUGCUGCUCGCAAGAAGGAGGCGGGUCAGGACUUUGUCAUGGACGCUGCCAUGGCCAAGCUGUACGCAUCUCAAGUUGCUGGCCGUGUUUCUGGGCAGGCUAUUGAAUGGAUGGGAGGAAUGGGCUUCGUGAGAGAAGGUCUUGCGGAGAAGUACUGGCGUGACAGCAAGAUUGGACAGAUUUAUGAGGGCACCAGCAACAUUCAACUGACGACCAUUGCCAAGCUGUUGCAGAAGGAAUACACCACAUGA